AUGUUUGCGUUUAAAGCUUUGUUAGAUGCGAAAGUUAACAGGAAUAGGGUAAGUUCGCAUUCAAAAGUCAUGAAGAAAUUUCCAAUUGCAUCACAGAAAAUGGUUUCCAGGAAGAAGGAUGAUUUAAAUGAGAAUGUGGACAAAGUUGAUUUCAUGGUUAAUUCUCGUGAUCAUCCUAUCGAAAUAGAUGAUAAUGAAGUAUCAGAAGAAAAAAAAAUUCGAUCUGGUGAAGUUAAGAAGGAGAAUAAUGAGAGUCCAAUUGAGAUUAAUUCCAGUAAUUCUAUGAAGAAGACAAUUGACAUUUCAUCUAGUAAUUCUUGGAAGAAGAAAAAGCCAAGGAAUAAUGUUUAUCAGUAUGUGUAUAGUUCAAUGAAAAAGAGAAAACGUGGUUUGUUUGGUCGAUUAAACUCAAAAUCAUCUUAUACAGAAGAUUAUUUAAGUGAUUCUGAUUUUGAAGUUCGGAGCAUUACAAGGAGCAGGAAGUUGGUUAACACAAGUGAUAAAAAAUUUAGUAAAAGAAUUGUCUACGAACAUGAGAUGGUUAUUAAAACUGAGGUUUCUAAUAUUUUGGUUACAAGGGAAGAUGUUAAUAGGGUGUUAGGUUUGCCUAUGGGGGUUGAUCAGUUAAAUAGUGUUGAUGUAAGAGGUAAUGAGGAAUGGUAUGAGAUAUGGAAAGAUCAAUUCAAGAAGCCGUUGCCUUUAAUUACUCCAAAUGAUAUCGUGUACAAGAUAAUAAAACGUUGUGAAGCAGAUAUGGUGUUUGUUGCUAAUUUUAUUAUUCUUGUUUGUACAUGUUUUGGAUCAUGUAACAAACAAGGUGCAUGCAAUUUGAAGCUUCUACCGUAUUUGUCUCAGUCAUAUAAGUUAGAUAAGUUUGAUUGGUGUACAUAUGUAUUAAAUUGUGAAAAAGAGGAAAAGUUGAUUUGGAGCAGAAGUGAUAUUAAGACUUUCUUCAAUGGUCCUAGUGUGUUUUUAACGUUGCUAUAUGUUGAUAGGAUUCAAUGUAGGCAAAUGUUAAUGGUUAGAAGAUAUCCAGUAAUUAAUAAUUGGACUUUAGAGCAGUUGAAAGUGAGAGAAAUAAAUGAAAUUUCGAAUGGAGGUUUUGGAAGACCAUCUGCUACAGUGAAGAGUGUUGAUGAAGUUUCUAGAGGAUCAAUUUUAGUGAAAGAGUUAUGUUCUGCAUAUAAAGCUUUUCGUCAUAGUAAUUCUAAAUGCGAAUAUACUUUUGAGUCAUUUGACAAAAGCAGUAGGUGUGAUGAUAAGUUUGCCGAAUUUCGAGAUUUUGGGCAGUCUAUUAACAACAACGUUGGAUAUAAUAAAUCUGGAGUGACUAAUGAGUUUGGCAAAUCUGGAAGUAUUGAAACUAAGUUGCAUGUGGAUUUUGAGGGUGAUCAUAAGGAAAAGUGUGUAGAUGAGGAUAUUCCUUCUUUUAAUUUAGGAAUUGAGGAUGACAUCUAUACUCCUCCAAAAGUGAAUGCAGGUGUUGAUAGUUAUAUUAGUAAUAAUUUUGUUUCUGCUGGAAUAAGUUCUGCUUCAGUCAAAGGAAAUGUAAUUAAGUCUCAUGAUAAAAGUGAAAAAAUUAAAAUACUUGAGAAUGAUAUGAUUUCAUCGAGACCAAAGAGAAGUCAAACGUUACCUCCAGUGCUUAGGUCUCCAUUUGUUGUACGAGCUGUUGAGAUUGAUAGUAAUUUGACGAAGGAGGAGAAUAUCAAGUCUAAUUGGCUAUUCAGCUUAUGUGGAAAUCCCACGGAUGAUCUUUUUCAUAGCAUAAAUGGUCAACGUGGGGAAAGAUACAUGUUUGAGAGCUUAUAUCCGGGAGAAUUUCUUUUUUCUGGGACUAUUGAUUGUUUUGUUGAAGUGUUGAACUAUGAUGAGAGAGCAAGGAAUUUGGACACUCCUUCAUGUUUCUUCUUCAAGACAGCAGUAUUGGAUCCUGCAUACAUGCAUAGUGAAGCAUGUAAAUAUGAUGAUGUUUACCAGAAUUUUAAAGAAAAUGUUUUUCAUUGUUUGGGAGAGUCUAAAGACCGAAGAAAUUUAAAAGGAAUUGAUUUGGUGUUCUUUCCUGCAUGUGCAAACAGUCACUAUUUUGUGUUUGUUUUUGAUUUUAAAAACCGCAAAGCUGUCAUAUUGGACAACAUAUUAUAUAGAUCUUCUGAAAAUCCAUACCCACAUCUAACUCAAAAUCUGAAAUAUAUGUUUGGUAGAUAUCUUCAAGAGAUAAAACAUUUUAUGGCUUUUUCAGUUAUGUAUGAAAUGGAAUUUGUGGAUCAGUAUAUGACGUGGAAAACAAGAGGUAACAGUAAUGAUUGUGGGAUUUUUUUGAUGCGUCAUAUGGAAACUUAUAAGGGAUGUCCUUUAGCUCAAUGGACAUGUGGGUUUAAAAUGGAAAGUGCUGAGCAGAUUUUGCAACUUAGAAAUCUUCGAAGAAGAUAUUCUAUGAAAAUUCUAUUGAGUCAAGUGAAUCUAAUGAAACAUGAAGUUGAGCAACUUCUUGUUGAUUAUCAAAAGCUUUCUGCAAAUGAUAGGCGUGUAAUGUAUCAUGAAGGUAUUAUCAAUAUAACAGCUCGGUUAGCUGCAUUUGGUCCAUGA